AUGUCUUACCUGCACCUUACCCGAACUCGCACUCGUGAGCGCACCCCAGACCACGACACCUACUACACCCGUCCCCUCGUGCGUCGCGACUCCAACAAACAUCGUCACAGCAUCACACUUUCUGAUCUCGAUGACGCCGACGACUAUCCCUACUCUACCAACCAAAAGCCAGCCAAGCUAUCUCGCGCCUUGACGGUCCGCGACCAACCCUCUCAACUCGAGCGCUACAACAUCAUCACGGACAACCGGCACAACCACAACGAUGCUGGCGAUAAGAAUAGACGUCGUAGCUACGAAACAAGGCGUACAUACAGAUACUCCUCCGACCGCCCCGCCUCUUCAGAGCCAGAAGAGCGUGACCUCCAUUUGAGUGUCAACGCAAGGUUCGGCCGCCCACACCACCACCAUCACUCCUCCUCCUCCUCUUCUUCUUCCUCUCUGCUUUCGCCCACAUACAACCCUUCCCACCGUAGCGACAAGUGGUGGGUAGACGAGCGAUGGGAGUCUCGCGAGCGCUCUACUUCGCGGGAGAGGAGCCGAACGCGCCGAGACAGUUUCUGGGGCGAGGCUUAUGAGGAGAAGGAGAGGCAGACUGAAAAGGAAAGAUGGAGGAGUUACUCCAGAGUUGGUGGGAGGGAGGUAGAGAGGGAGAGCAUUAGGCCGUUGAGUGGGUGGAGGAGGAAGAGGAUUGUCAUGGGUGAUGAUUAG